AUGGCAUUGAUCGUGAAUAACGCCAAACACAAUGUUCCAAAUACUCCGCAGUUCACCGCCGCAAUCAUGCAAAAAAGUCGUCCAUCAUUGCUCUUGACUGCACCGUUUCCGGAUCCUAGUGAACUGAAUUCUGAUCAAACUCAAUAUCAGCAACAAUACGAACAAGACACUGAUAAUAAUGAUAUCAUUACCAGUUCUUUGGGAUUAUCGACCUCCUCCUCUUAUCAAUUCUUAUCGAUGGAUUUUCCGCAGUCAACAUUACACUAUGAUUUGUCUUCCUCCUUAUCUCUUAUUAUUAAUGAUAACAACAAAGAUAGUUCUUUGACAGAAGAAAAUUUGACUCUCCCCGAUCCAUUUUUACAAUGUUCCUCUUUUUUAUCCACCGAUUCUGAAAUAUCGACACCAUAUUAUUCUUACGUACCGGAAACACCUUCAUCACUCGCAACAACAACAACAGCAAUCGCAUCUCCUCACUACAUUUUAAAUGACACCAACGCAGAUAAUUUCACUCUUAUGACAACGUCACAUGAGACUCCAUCUUCAAUCAACAAUAAUUACACCCCUAUUAUAAGUUCUUCAUCAUCAGUUCAAAGACGAAAAAACAAACCUUGCCCAUCAAGGAACAAGCAUUGUUGUCAAUGGCCAGAUUGUAUUUGGUCAUUUAAACGAGCAGAACAUUUAAAGCGUCACAUGCUUACACAUACAGGCGAGCGAAAGUAUCGUUGUGAUUAUCCCGGUUGUAAUAAAAGAUUCGGUAGAUCUGAUAAUUUCGCGGCACACCGGCGAAUUCAUCAACGAAACAAUCCCCAAUUUGUACCAAUGAGUCUACAGUUUUGCCAAAACGGGGAGAAAGUAGAAGCUAAUCCUACGGCAACUGAAUUCACUGAUACUAUUACAACUUCUAAUUGCAAAGGUAGUAUCUCGCAACAACUUCAAACGAAUAUAUAUCACGAUAAUAAUUUGAUAAAAACUUCACGGCAAUCAUCUGCUAAAUUGGAUAAUCCACCGAACAUUAAAUCUCAACCAGACUCAUCCAAAAAAAUGAGAUCCACGAAAAGAUCCAAUAAAAGAAUGAAUCCAAUUACUCGUCGACCGAGUAAAAACAAUAACAAACCAUCGUCGUCCUCCGUUGACUAUUUCACGAUUCGGCCAUCUUCUUCUCAAUCACACUCCCAAAUUUGGUGCAGUGAACAACAAAAAUCAUCAUCGAACAAUUAUAUCGUACCAAAAACUAAUUCAAAGCAUCAACAUUUUCAAUUAUGCAUUCCUGGUGGCGGUAUAAAGAAUUAUCCGUCACCUGCAGCAGAAACAUUGAAAAGCCCAGCAAAUCUUGAUAACAUACAGCAGAAAAUAUGA